AUGAAAUUACUUUCUGAAUUUGCUUUAUUGAAUUUAGGAAAUUUAAUCUGUUGUCUUGGAUUAUCAUUAAUAGCUCCAUUUUAUCCUACAUAUGCUCAAAAAUUUGAUGUAACAGGAUCCUUAUUGGGACUUAUUUUUGGAAUUAAUCCAAUAGGAGGAAUGUUGUCUUCAUUAAUUGUUGGAAAAAUUCUAAAUAAUGUAAUUAAUUUAUACAUAUAUAAAGAACAAUCAAACUAAUCUUUUAUCAUUAGGAAUGCUUAUUUAAUCCAUUGGAUUGUUUUGUUAUCCACUUUUAACACUUACUACAGAUAGAACAAUAUUUAUUACCAUUUCAUUAUUAGGCAGAUUUAUAAGUGGAUUUGUAAAUUAUUAUCUAUAUAUUAUAGGGAUCUUAAACUUUUUUGACUCCACUUUAUGCUGCAAUCCCAUAAAAAUAUCCAGAAUCAGUUGAUUAAAAAAUGGCUAUUGCAGAAUUUUUUUCUUCUUUUGGAUUUCUAUGUGGACCAGUUAUAGGAUCUCUUUUAUACACUCUUGGAGGAUUCUCAUUUCCUUUUAUACUUUUUGCAUCUUGUUCUGUAAUCAUAGCCAUAAUAUUAAAAUUAAACAUUGGUAAAAGUGGAUAGAAAACAAUUGUUUAAAAUUCUGAACCUAUAUUAAAUGAGUAAUACAAUAUAAAUUAUUAAUCUGAAUCAAUACUUCAAAAUGAAUUAGUUGAAACAUCAAUUGGUUACACAUAAUUAAUUAAAUUAUUUCCAGUAAUCUCCUCAUUACUUAUUAUGUUGGCUUUAUGCAUAACUUUUACAUUUUAUUCACCAAUAUCAUCACUUUAUUUUGAAGAGUAAUUUAGUGUACCUCCAGAAAAUGUAGGUUAUUAUAUGGCAGCAACACCAUUAGCAUAUAGUAUAGGAGCUUUGAUAAUUUCAAGAAUAUCAAUUAAUAAACCAAGAGCUAUAUUUUCUGGGAUGAUUUUUGUAACAAUUUCAUAAUUUUUCAUGGGUCCUGAUCCAAUAAUGAAUAUUGAUCCAAGAGUUUAUAUUACUGUUAGUGCAUAAUUUAGUUAUGGAUUAUUUUCAGCUCCUCCUUAUAUAUUGGUUCUACCAUAUAUUACUGAAAAAUUGGAAUAAAAAUUUAAGAAGUCUGAUCAUGAAAAAUGUAUAUCAUUAGCAUCUGGUUUAUUUAAUGCUGUAAUUUCAGCAGGAGAAUGUUUAGGUCCAAUAAUUUCAGGUGGAAUGGCUGAGUUCUUUACAUUUUAGAGAGCAUGCAGUUUUUUGGGUUUAUAUUUAGUUCUCACAACUUUAUUAUUUUUCCCAAAUUUAUUAAUAUCAAAGAAAAAAUAUCAGAAAGCUUAAGUUAAAUCUUAUUAAGAAAAUUUGUGA